UGGGUUUCUUUCUUAUGGAAUUGUUAUGGAAAGAAGGAAAGACAAUGAAUUAAAAGCCUGGGAUGACUUUGACAUCUGUACUGUAUUUGUGUGACACCUCCACUGUCUCCAGUGUGACCUCCCACCCCCAUCCUCACCCUGAACACCGCCCUCUCAUCCCCGCCUCGAGCCCUCCUCCCUCCACCGAGGAUUUGUCUCUCACCGGCAGAGCCUGUGGUUUGUAAUCAGAUGACUAUAGGCGAUAAUCCAACACUACACUCGCUCGUGCUACGUUUCAUACUUCUUCAAGAGCACGCAGGAAGAGAAGAGGAAAGAAGGAGGAGUGGAAAGAGGGACUGAUGUGAAAGCUUUCCAGACGGUUGGACCGGGGAAUGUGGGAGGUGUUUUGAAAUGACACAGGAAAAGCACUCUGAAUCUCGACUCUACCCCCCUAGCAACUAUCUUGAUUUUGCUCGAGCAGAGAUGGAGGUUGAUCAUGAGCGCCCAAUUAUCUCCUUAUCAAAGAGUUUCUCAGACAUGGCCAGUGGACCUGCUCAGAGAAUGGAGGUAGCCUGGUGCCGGCAACAUCUCCGCAAAAGUGUCAGCAAUGCAGGCUACCCUCAGAGACCUGUCAGUAGGGGAGGAUCUGUCACAGGCAUGCCUUCGUCUUUGGAGCUUGAGGAACGUAGUAUAGCUAUAGGUGGUGUUAAUACCACACCAGAGACUGUUAUUUGUUGUGGACGGGCCUCACAGCCCUGGAGCAUCACUGAGGACUCACAGCAGGUAUACGCUGCCGAAACGUGUGCACCAUGUUCCCCGUCCAUGAACAGGAUAGGAUGUCUAGAGGGUAGGGAGUCAUGUUGCCACUGUUAUGCAGAGGACAACAUGAAAGCCAGUAACAAAAUGGUUUAUGGGAUGUUGUCUCCUGCUCUGAGCACCAGGCUCUGUCCUAGGAAUACACACAGCCCUGCACAUCAAGGGAUAGAUGAUGGACUUUGUACGCAAAGGCCCUUUAAAGGUGAGAGCCAGCAUUUACCAGCAUGUAGGUCUGUAUGUGUUAAUAAUGCACUUAAUGCUGGCUCCUUCAAAAAUACAUGUCAUGUUGUGCCCUGUCCUGGACAUUUAUUACCUCUACCAGCCUGUGCAGGAAGUCCUUGUUUACCUGAAAGGUCACUACUCCAUUCACCUUGGCAUGGUUUCCCACCCCUGGUGUCAUCUGUCAGUGAGACGAGACUAAACAGUCGGGCUCCAGGUCACUGCUAUGGGCCUGAAACACGUGGGAAGAACAUGUCUAGCUUCAGAUUAGACCAAAAUAGACAGUCUGGGUUCGCCCAACGGACAGUAAAAGAUGCCUGCAACAUGACAUCUCAGAAGGACUUCAGAGAAGUUGGUGUGCAAACCAUGUCUACAGAUUUCCUUAUUUUUCCUCUCUCCAGUGCUUUCCCAGAGAUCAGUAUAACAUCUCAUCCAUGUUCAAACACAAGUCCUGAUGGAGAGGAUGUGGAGACCAGGAUUUCGGUAAAGGAGGUGGAGUGGGAUGCAGAGGGAAUGACAUGGGAGGUCUAUGGAGCAGCUGUAGACCCAGAGGAGCUUGGCCUGGCCAUUCAGCGUCAUCUAGAGCUUCAGAUCAAAGAAAACGCAGCUGCUGCUGCCCAGAAGAAAGCAACUGCAGAGAAUUAUGGUGCCUCAAUGCAACAAAACAACCGACAGAGAAAGAGUGAAAGUGUGGUACGAUUACUGUGUGGUCCAGCAUGCUGUUCACACUCCACUGCAGUCGAAGACUGAGGAAAUGAAUAAAAUUGUAAGCUUAUAAGCAUGUAAACUGCCUUCUUUACCUCUUAAGCACUUUUUGAAUUAAUAUGAGUUCAGGGUAUAUGUCUGUUCAUCCCUUAAAUUCCCAGCUUAUUAAUCACUUAUUACUCUUGAAGCAGAGGAAAGAUGAAGAUUCUGGACAUCUACACUCAGGAACAACUUUAAGGCAAUACUUGAAACUAAUGUACACACACGUACAUUGUACCUGAGUAAAAUAUGGACCUGAGAAAGGUAUCUGAAGAACAUGGGUAACUUGGUAGGGCAAUUGGCCACAUCACAAACAAUCAAAAUGCUCUUGACAUCAUUGUAUAUAAAUAUCCUGUAUGCCGUUAUUAAAGGGCACUUUCAGAUUUAUAAUUACAAGUCCGCAAUCAAAUCCUUACUGUAAAAUACAGGUUAUAGUUAAUUUAUUAAAUUAAGUAUUUGUGUUUUGACAAAUAAGAUUCUGAUAUCUAUUAUGCUUUACAUUAUCACUGCUAGCAGAUAUUGAUUUAAAUUAUGUACACGCUUUAUUUCAAAGCUAACAUAAGAUCGUAAUGGUAAAAUAGUGAAGAUAUUUUGGUCAUUUCUUUAAUACACAUACAUUAUUACGUUUUCUGAAAUAAUGAAGUCAUUAUAGGGCAGAUUAAUUACUAACAAAACACAAAUACUGGAAACCAUGUCUACUGAUUUGCUUGUUUCUCUUCUCCACAAUGUGUUUCCUUAAGAAUUAAUUCUUAAUCUCUGUAGGAAGUUCUUCAAUGUUUCAAAAUUGAUUUUUACAUUUGGAAAAUUUAACUACUUGACAGCCUUGAUGCAGUCAGUAUUGUACUUAAACAUCGGACAUACCUGACACCAUUAAGGAAUUAGCUUCGACUUUUCGGUUCCAAUCUCAGUUUAAUGACACGAUCUUCUUACUGUGUAUUUUCUUGUCAAUCGAAGGGAAGAGUAAACUGAAGCAUUAAUUGUUGAAUCAAUUAUGGUUCUAGAAAUUUGCAUGGUGAAAAACUAUAACAGGUCAUUGAUGAAUACAUUUGUGUAUAAUGUGUGUGUGAAUAUUUUGCCAGUUCUGGUUAAAUCCCAGAAUGCACUCAUAGCUUUAUUCUUUUGCCAAAGCAAAUCAUACCUUUCUUUAGACCACAGCAUUGUGAUUCACUGUCAAUAGAUAAACAAUAAAAUAAUGUAAAAGGUCUAAUAAAAAUGAUCUUAAUAUAUGUUACGUAAUGGAAGUGUGAACAACAGCUUUUGUCUGCAUAAGUGCAACAAUAAAUUGUUUGGAAAACAAAAUCCUAAAUGUAGUUUCUUUUGUUUAGAGUACAUAAAAUAUGAUGUAUGUAUAUGAUGUGGCAUGGCAUAUAGAAGCAGGUGCGGUUGUCUUUACAUGUUGAAAGAGCAUCUUUGUUUCUGCAUGAGAGAAAGAGAAAGAGUGAGAGUGCAGAUGAGGAUCCUGUUAAACUUGGUGAAUAUUGUUCUGGUCAAAAGUUCUGGACAUUUCCAUUGUCCUUUCACUGACAUUUUGAGCGUUUGGAUGAUCAGGCACAUUCUCUGGUAUUGACAGUACUGGAGCACCUCGUCUCACUGUGUUUGUAGUGUGCUUGUUGUAUCAUGUUUCAGCAUUUAGAGUAAACACCACACGUCACUCUGUGUCGUUGUUAGUUAGCGCUCCAUCCAAAGACUAUUACUAAUCUGUAAUAUCAUUCAUCUCAGAAUAUGACAAUGUUUACACAUACAGUAUAUAUUCAUAUUUGACAUGUGGUCAAAACAUUAUCCUAGCAUGAACCAUGACUCAACAUCAAGGUUCCUCAAUUUCAUUAAACCCUGCAUCCUCUUACAGGAUAAAAUCCAGACCCCUUAUGAUUGCAGUAUAAUCGAACAUUCAAACA